CCUCCCGCGCGCCCGCCCCGCCGCCCGCCGCCACUGCCGCCGCCGGAGCUCUGUAGUAUGGCAUCGAGGAGAAUGGAGACCAAACCUGUGAUAACCUGUCUCAAAACCCUCCUCAUCAUCUACUCCUUCGUCUUCUGGAUCACUGGAGUGAUCCUGUUGGCUGUUGGAGUCUGGGGAAAGCUUACUUUGGGCACCUACAUCUCCCUUAUUGCCGAGAACUCCACAAAUGCUCCAUACGUGCUCAUCGGGACCGGUACCACUAUCGUUGUUUUUGGCCUCUUUGGAUGCUUUGCUACAUGCCGUGGUAGCCCAUGGAUGCUGAAACUGUAUGCCAUGUUCCUGUCCCUGGUGUUCCUGGCUGAGCUUGUAGCUGGCAUUUCUGGAUUUGUCUUUCGUCAUGAGAUCAAGGACACCUUCCUGAGGACUUACACGGAUGCCAUGCAGAACUACAACGGCAAUGAUGAGAGGAGCCGGGCAGUGGACCAUGUGCAGCGCAGCCUGAGCUGCUGCGGCGUGCAGAAUUACACCAACUGGAGCAACAGCCCCUACUUCCUGGAACAUGGCAUCCCCCCUAGUUGCUGCAUGAACGAAACUGACUGUAACCCCCUGGAUCUGCACAACCUGACUGUGGCCGCCACCAAAGUGAACCAGAAGGGCUGUUAUGAUCUGGUGACCAGUUUCAUGGAGACUAACAUGGGGAUCAUUGCUGGAGUGGCAUUUGGAAUCGCAUUCUCCCAGUUGAUUGGCAUGCUGUUGGCUUGCUGUCUGUCCCGGUUCAUCACUGCCAAUCAAUAUGAGAUGGUGUAAAGAGAAGUCUUUCAAGAACUAUGGAAUAAGAGGCCUGUUUUUAAAAGGAACUGCCGCAAUCUCUGAAAGACUUCCAAAGAACGUUAGAGCACAGUACAUAAUAUCCCUGCCCUGCUCCCACCACCCACUCCCCACAACCCCACCCCCAUGUGCAACUGACACUCCUACCCAGUCUACACUCUGCCUUUCAGCCCACAUCAUGUGUAGUGUCCAUCUUGUGAAGCCCUGUUGUGCCACACAGUGUAGCCAGGCCCCCUGCAGCUUGUCAUAGUGAAACCCCCCCCCCUAAGGCUCUGUGAGUGCCAGCUCUCUCACAUGUACCUGGUCCAACUGUAGGUGACUGGUUAUCACAUCAUCACUGGCCCCUUGUGGCCCUGCAUGUAGUAGGGGAGGCUUCAGUCAGCCCCUCACUGUGGUCCAUGAAUGCCACGCAACUUUUCGUAAAUAAGCAGAUGUUAGUUAUCUUUUUUUUUGCUUAAUCUGAUUUGGUUUGGUUUUCUCUUUACUGGGAUUAUUCCCUACCUUCUUUAGGCUGCCUAGGACAUGUGGAAAGACACAGUGGGAGUUAUUUAUAAGGGAAAAAACAGCAUGUGGCAUGCAUGGUGGAAACUGUUGUUAAGCAUUAGGUGGCUUCCUUGCUCAUAAAUGUUCCACACGUGGGUGUGUAGAGACAGCUUAGUGUAGGAUUUCCUCUCAGAUGAAACCUGUAUAAUCCUGUUACAAGGCUAUGUUGUUACUCCCCCUGAAGGCACAGAUACUACUUUUGAUUUGCCCUAACUAAUUUCUAUUAUUUUACUUUCUCUUUAUUUUUUUUCCUUGCACUGACAUUAUAGACUUUGAGGACCUCAUCAGAUCAAUUUAAAAGUGAGUGUAGAGGGGAAAUGAAAGUCAAGAUAUUUUUAAAAGAUCUUAAAAAUAAUGCCUCUGUCUAGCAUGCCAACAAGAAUGCAUUGAUAUUGUGAACAUUUGUGAUAAUAUGUAUUAAUAAAUAGAGCAAUUACAAAUGGC